AUGUCAAGGAGGGGCCUUCCUUCCAACUUGAGGUUCUACAACAUUUGCAUCCACGCCUUCGGCAAGUGGAAGCGCCUGGAUAAGUCGCUGAAGCUCUUCGCGGCUACGAAAGCUGCCUCUCCUCCGCUGGUGCCAGAUAUAUGCACGUACAAUUCGGUCAUUCGUGUUCUUGUGAUUGGCGGGAGGGUGGCUGACGCUUUGCUGGUCUUUGAUGAAAUGAAGUUGGCCGGGAUCCACCCAGACGUGUUCACUUACCGCGCGGUUGUGGAUGGGUGCUGCAAGAGUUUCAGGAUGGAUGACGCACUGCGUAUGUUUCAGGAGAUGCGCGGGGGCACCGGGCUGAAGGGGGAUGUCGUGGUGUACAAUUCGCUUCUAAAUGGACUCUUCAAAGCAAAGAGGCUUGAUGAGGCAUGUGGUUUUUUCGAGACAAUGGUGGCGGAUGGGAUCCAAUGCUCAGCGAGCACACACAACACCGUGAUCGAUGGGCUGUUCAAGAAUGGGAGGGCAGAAGCCGCAUGUCGGCUGUUCUAUGAGCUAAGGAAGAAAGGUUUUAACAAGAGUAGACGGUGGGAUUUGGAAGAGAAGAUAGUGAAGAUCAUAAGAGAUAGCUCUGUCUUGCCAGAUGCCAUUCGAUGGAAGUCCAACAUGAUGGAUGCCUUGACAGGACCACAGGAUAGAGCGAAAGAUGGAACAUCAAUCUUUCCAUUUGAUGGUAAUAUGAACGAUGUGAUGAGUUUGCUCAAUCCUGCAGUAUGCACUGAUACAAAUGAAGGAACCACACACAAUGAACCCAAGGAUGAUUGGUCUUUGUCCCCACACUUAGAUCAUCUUGCCAAACAUGCUGAUCAUUCAAAUAAUUCUGCUAUAUUUACAGUGCACAGAGGUCAGAGGGUGGAAGGCAUGGGGGGUAAAACUUUCGAUGCUGACAUGGUUAAUACAUAUAUGUCAAUCUUUUUAGCCAAAGGGAAGUUGAGUGUAGCCUGCAAGUUAUUUGAGAUCUUUACAAAUCUGGGAAGGAAAGGGACAAGUUAUACAUACAAUUCACUGAUGACCUCAUUUGUCAAGAAGGGGUAUUUGAAGCAGGUCUGGGCAGUUCUUCACGAGAGGGGUGGACAACUCUGCCCCAAUGACAUAGCAACAUACAACCUGAUAAUUCAGGGUCUUGGCCAGAUGGGGAAAACAGAGGUUGCUAGCUCAAUCAUGGAACAAUUGUCAAAGAAAGGUGUUUACAUGGAUAUUGUUAUGUACAACACUUUGAUCAAUCAAUUGGGAAAGGUCGGGAAGGUUGAAGAAGCAAACUGUUUGCUUGAGCAGAUUACCACAAGGGGCAUGAAACCAGAUCUUGUUACUUUUAAUACCUUGAUCGAUAUUAAUGCGAAAGCUGCUUCGGAUUCCGUCAUGGUUUAUCGAAGCAGAGAGAUCACUGAUUUACGUGACCUCAGACUACCUGAGCACCGAGCAGUCUCUCCCCUGCAAAGAGGUGAAACGGAAAACAACUUCAGCCAGUUUUAA